ACUUCAGAUUUGUCUCUGACGAGCCAUGGAUUUCAUGCGGCGUGCUUUAUCCCUGUCCAAAAGUUUCGCUCAAGCGUCCAGCUGCAGCAUCUCACACGUCAGACAUGGCGUGUCAAGUUCCGCCAGAGGCGGUGGUGUGUCCUGGCCAUUUCUGGGUCGGCUGAGCACUCCGUUCCCUCCGUUCUUUCUAUCUCGGAGAAAUUUGUCUUUCGCUUCUGGACCUCCGUUCUUGCAGAGUUCACAGAUGCCUAUCAAAAUCUACAACGCAAGCUGCAGACAAUUUGCCACAAGGAACCUCCAUGGAAGGCUUUUCUACAAGCGACGGCCCAAAAUGAUACCGAAGUGGAGCUUCAACCCGCGGUCAAAAUGGCUGGAGGGCGCUGGAAAUCGGAAGGGCGUCUGCACAAAGGUUUUUAUCACCUCUCCGAAGAAGCCCAACUCGGGCCAAAGAAAAGUUUGCUAUGUCCGCCUUUCCAAUGGACGCAUCGUGAAGGCCUACAUUCCUGGCAUGGGCCACAAUCUCCAGGUACACUCUGUGGUUAUGGUCAGAGGUGGUCGCCGCCGAGAGAUUAUUGGUUGCAACUACACCUGCAUGAGGGGCCAAUACGAUCUCCUUCCAGUAAAAAAUCGUGGGAGCAAGCGCUCAAAGUAUGCGAUAAAGCGGCCCAACACGGAGCCGAAUCGCCUACGAUGGAAACAAGAUAAGCACACUGCGAACCAGACAACAAUAGUGGAUCGCCGUUUGCAUUUCCACAGGACUGGAGAAUGGGUUGACGACAGUGUCAAUCUUCAUGCAGACAGAUUUCUGCCCCCGCGGGGGCCAAGCAUCACUCGUCGCCAUGCAAUUUCAAAGCAGAAAUGAUUCUUUGUGAGGCCGUUGCCUGCAGGAAAACGAG